CAACACUCGGGAUCCCAUCGACUCCACAACUCUCGUCUUCUCCUCGCGUCCUCUCCUCCUCCUCUCCUUCCUCCGCACGCUGCUCCUAAUCCACCCCCCCCCCCUCCUCCUCCUUCGAAAUAAAAAUAAAAAUAAAAAUGUCCGUCUGGAAUCCAGAUAAUAUCCGGGACGUCGCCGAAUCCGUCGGCAUCGUCAACCUCAACAACGACGUCACCGAGAACCUCGCCCGCGACGUCGAAUACCGCAUCGCCCAGGUCCUCGAAGAAGCCCUCAAGUUCAUGCGCCACAGUCGACGCACCCUCCUCACAACACAGGAUAUCGCGCAGGCCUUGCGCGUGCUUGAUGUCGAGCCGCUCUAUGGGUAUGAGUCCACGCGGCCCUUGCGCUUUGGGGAGGCGUCGCUGGGUCCGGGACAGCCGUUGUUCUACGUCGAGGAUGAAGAGGUGGAUUUUGAGAAGUUGAUUAAUGCGCCUUUGCCUAGGGUGCCUAGGGAGAUUUCUUUUACUGCACACUGGCUCGCCGUUGAAGGCGUACAACCAUCAAUCCCUCAGAACCCAACAGCCGCAGACUCGCGAAAUCUUGAAUUAAUGGCCAAAGGACCCAACGCGAACUCGACCCUCGCGGCUAUGAGUGGGAACGGAAACGUGGCCGUCAAGCCCCUCGUCAAGCAUGUACUGUCCAAGGAGCUCCAGCUUUAUUUCGAAAAGGUCUGCAAUGCCUUUCUGGACGAGUCUAGUGAGAAGUAUCGCACAUCGGGCUAUGCGAGCUUGCGCGAAGACCCCGGGCUUCAUCAACUCGUCCCUUAUUUUGUCCAGUUCAUCUCCGAGAAGGUUACCCAUGGCUUGAAGGAUAUCUUUGUUCUGACCCAGGUUAUGCACAUGGCGGAAGCCCUGGUGCAGAACCAGUCACUUUACAUGGACCCUUAUGUCGCAUCGCUGGUGCCCCCCAUUCUUACCUGCCUGAUCGGCAAACAGCUCGGUGGAAAUGCCGACCUGUCCGAACAGUUCGCUCUCCGUGACUUUUCGGCGUCUCUCCUCGGCCUGAUCGCCAACAAAUACUCCCACUCCUCGCACACCCUCAAACCGCGACUCGCGCGCUCCUGUCUCAAGACACUGCUCGACCCGUCGAAACCGUUUGGGGCUCACUACGGCGCGAUUAUCGGUCUCCAAGCCGUUGGAGGGUCCGAGGCCGUGCGCGUCCUGAUUAUACCCAAUCUCCCGACGUACGGGAAUCUGCUGAAGGAGGGCGUUGCGGAGGACAGUCCGCGACGACCCGAGGCCGAAAGGGUCCUAGGGGUGCUGCUAGGGGUUCUUGCAUCCUUGCGCGAGGGCCGGGCGGUGCUUACGAAUGGACAUGUCGGUAUGGUGACGGGCGACUUGAAGGCAGGCUUGAGUGCGAAGGUGGGCGAGUUUCUUGCGGGGAAGAUAUCAGACUUGGGGGAUGUGCAAUUGGCCCAUGCGAUUUUAGAGCCUUAGUUUCUCUACCUUUUAGCUUAACCUUCUCUCUCUCUCUCUCUCUCUCUCUCUCUCUUUUUCCUGUGAGGAAGAGAUAAUAGGUAAUUAAUGAAAUGAUGAAUGGUAUCUUGGACUCUUCCAGCAAUGUAAGAAAAGGAGGGGGCGUGUUUAGCGUCC